CAUUUGUUAUCAAGAAUAAUACAGUUAGUUGGCCGCGGCUCGCGAAAUACCUGUUUAACUUCUAUUAGAAUCAUGGAACCCAAAGUUAACUUGAAACAGGACCCAGCUUUCGUAGAAAUACAGAAAUUCUACGAUGCCAAUGCCGACAAAAUCAACAUACAACAACUUUUCAAAGAAGAUGCCGAUCGCUUCAAUAAAUUCAGUCUUCGCAUCCCCACUCCGAAUGACGGAGAUAUCUUGCUGGACUACUCCAAGAACCGCAUCAAUGAGCAGGUGUGGAGUCUACUGCUGAACCUGGCCAAAAGCAGGAAUGUGGAGAAAGCCAGAGAUGCUAUGUUCUCAGGUGAGAAAAUAAACUUCACGGAGGACCGUGCAGUGUUGCACAUAGCUCUGCGCAACCGUCAGAACCGUCCCAUCUUGGUGGGCGGCAAGGAUGUCACGCCUGACGUCAACGCAGUCCUCGCUCACAUGAAGGAGUUCUCCGGACAGGUCGUCAGUGGACAAUGGAAGGGGUACACAGGCAAGCCGAUCACAGAUGUGAUCAAUAUUGGUAUCGGAGGGUCCGACCUGGGGCCGCUGAUGGUCACCGAAGCUCUGAAACCUUACGCCAACCAUCUAAAGGUCCACUUUGUCUCCAACAUCGACGGCACCCAUUUAGCCGAGGUGCUGAAGCGACUGAACCCUGAGACGGCGCUGUUCAUCAUCGCCUCCAAGACUUUCACCACUCAGGAGACCAUCACCAACGCUACUUCAGCCAAGACUUGGUUCCUAGAGGCUGCUAAGGAUCCGUCAGCCGUAGCGAAGCACUUUGUAGCUCUAUCAACAAAUGCUGAGAAGGUGACCGCAUUCGGGAUUGAUCCCAACAACAUGUUCGGAUUCUGGGACUGGGUGGGAGGCAGGUACUCACUCUGGUCAGCUAUCGGUCUGUCUAUCUCCCUCUACAUCGGGUACGACAACUUUGAGAAGCUUCUAGAAGGAGCCAGCUUCAUGGACCAACACUUUACCACUGCGCCGUUGGAGAAAAAUGCGCCAGUGAUCCUAGCGCUCCUCGGCGUGUGGUACUCGAACUUCUACGGCGCGGAGACACACGCGCUACUGCCCUACGACCAGUAUUUACAUAGAUUCGCCGCUUACUUCCAGCAAGGCGACAUGGAAAGUAAUGGUAAGUAUGUGACUCGGUCGGGGGCCCAGGUUGACUACAGCACGGGCCCCAUCGUGUGGGGGGAGCCCGGGACUAACGGACAACAUGCCUUCUACCAACUCAUACAUCAGGGGACCAGGUUGAUCCCCUGCGACUUCAUUGCGCCGGCGCAGACUCACAACCCGAUCUCUAACGGCGUGCACCAUAAGAUCUUACUUGCGAACUUCCUCGCACAGACUGAAGCGCUCAUGAAGGGGAAGACUGCUGACGAGGCUAAAGCAGAGUUAGAAAAAUCAGGCAUGGCAGCGGACGCGGUCGCUAAGAUCCUCCCGCACAAAGUAUUCAAGGGCAACCGUCCAACCAACUCCAUCGUCGUGAAGAAAGUCACGCCAUUCACUCUCGGAGCUCUUAUUGCGCUUUACGAACACAAAAUCUUCACUCAAGGUGUGAUUUGGGACAUUAACUCCUUUGACCAGUGGGGCGUGGAACUCGGCAAGCAAUUAGCCAAGGCGAUAGAGCCCGAAUUACAGGACAAUAGUCCCGUAUCCAGCCACGACGCGUCCACAAAUGGACUCAUUAACUUCUUGAAAGCAAACUUUUAAUUAUAUGUAUUAGAGCCGUUUUCUAAUCGUUCUUAAUUAUUUUUUUAAAUUACGUAUGUAGAUUUGAGAGUUGUAUUUGGGAGUAGUUUAAAAGUUAAUGAUGUUCAUAAAUCGGCAGCAAAAUCUAUUUUGAUUCUAUAUUUUAAUAAUACUAUGUUCGGCUUCGCUGACGUGGAAAGAGUUUCGACUAGGUUUCGAUUCUGUAGGAAUAUCGGGGUUAGGUCGGAACUUAGUCUAUAGUACUCUCUAAAAGUGAUUUUUCGAAUUGGUUCAGUAGUUUCGAAGCCUGUUUAAUGUAAACAAGCAAAUAAUACUUCCAUCUAAUAUUACAGCAACUUUACAGCCAUCAAAUCUCCUCUCAAUAGAUUAUAACUAUACAAAAGUGACAAUACUCGUUAAAUUGUGUUAAAGAUUUUAUAUGAAUUGUUUUUAACGAAAAGGACCACAAAAAUCUCUUUAUUAUACAUAAUAUUAUUGUUGAAAUUUUCCAAUUAUU